GAAUACGAGCAAGGACAAGGGCAAAGGUAAAGCGAUCGAGACAGCGGUGGAGAAUGAAGUCGCGGAAGAAGUGCAAAUGGACUACGAAUUCUUGCAUGCUGCAUUCCCGGAUCGUAUAGAUGCUGGCAGGAGUUGGCAAAGACUCACAAGUGGCAGCGAGAUGGGAAAGCAAGCUCUGAAAAAGCUCCAAGUAAAGGGGAAACACCCAGACAACGGUAAAGGCAAAGAUGCGGAUCAGUUAGUGGGCGCUGGCGCUCAGAUUGAUAAUAGCGAUCUUAGUCGAAUCUCCGAUUUCACACAGGAUCUCAAGUCCAGCCAUCCUCAGGGCCCGCUCGAAAUACUUCCCGCACCGCCUUUAAAUAUAUCGACAUCUGCCAAAUGCAAUGGCUCUGGCAACGCAGAAGCUACUACUUCGACGGACAGGCGCCCUGCGGAUGAUAAAAAGGAUCCUCUAGCUGAGUUUUAUCCUCAGGCGAAAGCGGAGCGUGAUGCUGCUUGGCGAUAUGAAGAUUCGGACAUAGAAGACGACUGUGAUGAAAUAUUUCCUCCCGUAGAAAAUGUUCGUGUCAAAAAAGGUUUUACGUGCGAUAAGAAAGAGGUUCAGCGAACUGAAUGCGCCAAUCAAGAUAUCAUACACAAGCUGCAGGAACUUAUGGAACUGCACAAGUCGAAAGCCUCCGAUGAUGACCACUGGAGAGUCAUCGGAUACGCCAAAUGUAUCAGAGCACUAAGAAAUUAUCCUCGGAGAAUUAAAUCUCUAAAUGAAGCGCGGGCUAUCAGAGGUGUUGGAGAGAAAACAGCACUGAAGAUCAUGGAAAUUAUAAAGACGGGAGAUUUGCGUCGUAUCGAAUACGAAAGAACGGAGGACAUAGAGGCUACAACCAUUUUUCAAGGGAUAUAUGGUGUCGGUCGACAAAUAGCACUCAUGUGGUACGCCAAUGGCUGCCGCACACUAGAUGAUAUCAAAGCGCGAAAAGGUGGAAUAAAAGUAUCGUCUGUGCAAGAUAUUGGUAUACAGUUCUAUGACGAUAUCAAUGCGAGGAUGCCCAGGGCUGAAGCUCAGCAGAUCUUUACUCUCGUCAAACAGCAAGCACUCGCAUUGGACCCGAGACUUUUCAUCGAGAUCAUGGGGAGCUUCAGGAGGGGCAAGGCUGAUUGCGGAGAUAUCGACAUUCUACUGACACGUCCCGUUGAUGAUGGGAAGACGCAUUCUGGCCUUCUCCUUAAUCUACUUUCGUCCCUUCAUGCUGCUGAUAUAUUGACUGAGGACCUUUCUUUACCUGAUGACUUCUCUUCUUUGGAAUUGUCAUAUCGUGGGCUCUGCCAUCUCCCUGAAGAGGGGUCAAGACGGAGAAGAAUCGAUAUCCUUUGUGUGCCUUGGGAGAGGAGAGGCGCAGCUUUACUGUACUUUACGGGUGACGACAUUUUCAAUCGUGCCAUCAGGUUGAAGGCAAACGUUCUGGGAUACUCAUUAAAUCAGCGUGGUCUUUACCAUGGAGUUGUACGCGAUCCACGGGACCGACGCAUCAAAGUAUGCGAGGGAACUAUCAUAGCAUCCGAGACAGAAGAAGAGAUAUUUAAGAUAUUAGGUGUACCUUGGCAGGAGCCUCAUGAGCGUGUACGAGGAUGAGCUGCAACCCCUUGCGUUCUCUAAUAUUUGUAACUCGAAGCUUGGCAUGGAGUAUUAUGUAGUAUUAAAGAGCGCAUUGUCGCCCUCUCAAGACGAUUGCCGUCAGGUUCUGUAUAAGCAUUAUUAAUUACCAUGUCUGAAAUUGAGUUUAUGUACUCAACUAGGAUCCGUAGAACAUAUGAGGUUGUUCAA